UCCCAACGCAAAGAAGAAUACAACAAAGUUCGAAUCGGAAAUCGCAGUCAACACCAAAACAGACGAAAUAGCGCUGCAUACCUGCCCGGCAAAGAAAAUUUGAGCUUUCGGCUGGCGACAGACACUGCUGACACACCUGUUAUGGUUGGUUGUAUUCCCUGUUGAAAACUGGCACAGCGAUUUUUCCUAAUAGAGUAUCGAUAAUGACCACUUUGCUCUCCACUUCGUCGUUAUUCACUGCCAAAGGACUGUUCCUUCUGCAACUAGUGAUUCUUUGCUUGACAAAACUCCAAAAAGGCGUGAUACAAAACCACAUCUUCGUGAAUUGUGCCAGCAACAAUGUGGUAUUCUCUGGAAGAAAUCGAGGCGUCACUAAUAAUGGGGGGUUCAAUUACGAAAUCGAAAAGCGUGUUCACGAACGUGUUUCAGAGUUGAUGAACAAACCGGUAACGAUGCUUGGACUUGUCGAACGAUUUGCACAGACUGAUAUCUUCGAACCACCAGUUCUCAGGCCCCACCAAAAAGACGACUUCUUUCGAAUAUUGUGGACCAUAUGGAAGGAAUUUGGUAUCGAUCUUUAUUACGGACAGGAAGAUGGAUUGUUUCUGGGCGUCAUAAAGGGGGCUGGAACCUACCAAGAAGGGAGGGGAUCAAAUGGAUAUCUUCUGGACGAGGAAGUUGCCUCGGACGAAGAAAAAUACAUGAAGCGUCUUUACUUCAACAAGUGUCUCGAUCGCGAAACUGGAAUUUCGGAAAAUUGCACACUCAAGGAAGACGAAGACUACGUUUCGUGUGUAAAUAGUUGCAAACUAGCUCCGUGCCCAUCAUCGGUAGAGGGAGAAUAUAAUAACACCAGCAACUCAUCAUCGACAAUAUAUUGUCCCACCUAUGAAAUCCUGCAGGCUCCUACUUCGGGCAUGGGAUACAUUCCGCGAUAUUAUUACUGCCUCAGCAAUUCGGGUAGAUUCAUCGAAAACGAUCCACCCAAUUCCGUUGAGUCUCCAUCCCACAUACGAAAUGGGCUUUGCACCCAUACGGAUGGCGUAACACUGGUCAACGGCAGGACUUCCGAGAAACAAACGUAUGCGAUGGCCGAUCGGCGGAACUACGUUUUUCUUCGAGAGUACGACGAUGGAAUGGCGGAAAACUACACGAGCAAUAAUGGGGACGAGGCAGCGGCACUGUUGUACUCGGACGUGGCAAUCGCGGACGGCCAAAAGACGGACCAGGUCUUUGUGGGUGGAUACCACAGCCGGCGUUACGAACCACGCUUGCGUCCGUGGUACAUUGGAACCAGAGAGCUCCAGAACGCGUUUUGGACCAAGCCAUAUCCAUUUGCCACUGCCAACGAUAUUGGAAUAACGUAUGGAAAGCCCUUGUACUAUACCGAUCCGACGUCUGGUGCUAAGGUCUUUCGAGGCGUCAUUGCUGUCGAUUAUGACCUCGAAGAAAUAUCGAGGUUUUUGAUUGAUGUCUUUUUGGCAGUUGAAGACCAAAGCGAAGAAGAGACCUCGGACAUGAACCGGUACUCAAGCUCGAGUGGCGCCACAGUUCUAAUCGUAGAAGACGAUGGCCCCCAUUACAUAAUUGGUUCCUCUACUGGAUCAAAGGCUGCCAAAAAGGUCCGUGUCGAGGACGAAAGCAUAGACUGUGACGACGACGAAAUCUGGUCGGGAGAUAUCGAGUGCAAGACCGUCCGAUCGACACCCGAAGACUUUUCCCACAACAACACGCGUAGCAACAACAAUCAGAAUGGCGUGACACAGGAUGCGAUACUGGCACUGGCAUUUAAAGCCCAGAAAGAAGCAGGGUUUCCGAAAGAGUUGGUUGUUUCCUCGCCGAGAGAGGAAGGAUACAGCUACACGAAUGCCGAUGGAAACUCUAACUUUUAUGUUUCCCAAUCUUUAAUUUAUGAGCAAUUGGAGGGCCAAAAUCUCCGAUGGAGAAUCAUUGUCGUUAUGCCCGUGGCAGUGGCCACAAAUGGCGAGCUAUUGUGGGGAGAUCCAAUGACCGCAGUCGUGUUGACGGUUGCAUUGCUUGGAUUCGGGAUAUGCAUUGUCUUGUUCUAUAUUUACUUUUCCAAACGCAAGGCCCUGCAUGUCGUCAUGAGCGAUUGGAGAUUCACUUCAGCAUUCAUAUUAGGAUGUGCUAUGUUGAACUUAUCUACACUGGCAACGUUGGGACCUGCGUCAGACGGACAGUGCAUGUUGAUAAUGUGGUCCUACCAUCUGGUCUUUGUACUGGCGUUCGCACCUCUACUGAUAAAAGUGUGGAGGAUACACAAGCUAGUUGGAUCGGCCGACCGGGCCCUCCGGUUAUCUAUCACGAAUCGAAAAGCAAUGCUUUAUACGCUGUAAGUGAAUCUAUCGCAAUGCAGCUGAUAUUUCGUGAUUGAGAUCCUUAUUCUAGGUCUUUAUGCUGCGAAUACUUUGCACUCACCUCUUUGAUCACGUUUUUGCCAGGCCGAUAAUCAUGGUACAAGUGCUUCUAUUGACACUU